GCGGCAACAUCAGUACCGUCAUCAAGGAAGGUGAAGGUGCGAUGACUAGGUGAUGUUGACAUCGGGGUGCUGAGAGCCCCUUCAGGCCAUGCCGUGAACCCUGAUAAACAGGUCAUGGGAUAAAGACGACGGUCCUCAUGUUCCCACGAAGUCGUCGCAUGACGCAGCGGGAAUUCCAGAGGCUCUUGGACGAACUUCUCCACUUCACAAGAGGUGCGUUGGACCUGCGAGCACGCCUUCUGCACGAUGCCGAAGCCCUCAUCGUCAGCGACGUCAUCAGCAAGUGUCACGACCUGACUGCGUUGGAUUUGUCCGACAACGCUUUAACCUUUAUUGGCCUCGAAGCCAUCUGCAACGCCAUUGCUGAGAACAACAAGAUCGUGUGCCUUGCAGUCUCUGGGAAUGACCUCGAUAACCGUGCUCUUGAGGUUCUUGCAGGAACAGUCAUCUGCCGUGGUUCCAUUGAGGUCCUUACGCUGUCGAGGAACAGGAUAAGUGAUGAAGGGUUGUUUAAAUUUUCAGAGGCCCUGCGAGAGAACCGUACUGUUCAUGAGCUUGAUCUAAGCAAUAACAUCAUCGGUCCACGUGGAGCGCAGUGCUUAUUUGAGGCGCUUUUCGAUAACGAUGUUAUCCGCGACGUAGACCUGUCGUUCAAUUGUGUCGGCGACAAGAGCAGGGAAGACUUCGCAAGGUUGUUGAGCGACGAAAGUGCUCCACCAGAAAUUAUGGAUAAGAGCGUUGAUUGGAUGAAUGCUCUUGGCGGCGUACUCAAGAAGAGUAGAAUACUACGGGAGAUAAACGUUCGCGCAAACUAUAUUUACAACGUCGAUGGGCUGGCCGAAGGUAUCGCUCUCAGCACCUGCCUUCGCAAGUUAGAUCUUGCUCAAAAUCUCUUGGACGACGACGCUGUUCAGAAGCUCGCUGCGGCGCUCAAAACGAAUCAGUCGAUCAGGUGGCUAAAUCUGAGUCAUCAAAGAACGAAAUUGUCAUCUGGCAUUAUAGCCCUUGCCGAGUCUCUAGAAGCGAACAGCACCUUGACGCACCUCGCACUUCAAGGUGACCUCGUGUCAGCAGAAGGACUCGUUGCAAUCUCCCGAAUGUUAACGGUUAACCGGACCUUGUACGACCUAGAUCUGUCCUACAAUAAAGUGGACGCCAUAUCCAUGACGGUGUUCGCGAACGCCAUGAGCCUGAACAAAGGGAUCACACAUUUGACAUUCCACCGAAUGAACAAGUUUGCCGCCGAAGAACUGGCAGAAACCGUGCAGUCCAACAGGUACAUUUGCAGCAUAACCGUGAAUACGUUACAGGAUCCACUACUGAAGAGGGCGCGUGAACUAGUUCAUCGUGUAACGAGUACAAACUGUCAAGCGUACUGCAAGGCCCUAAGGUUUGCUACGCUUCACACGUCGUUCGACAACGCGUUGGCAAGUGCUUUUGAAGUUUUCUCGAGCAACAAGGCAUUUUUAGACCGUCUCGAAGAGGCAACGGGAACGGACCCAAAGUGCCUGGUCUUCUCGAAACGUCUCUUCAUUGCUAAUAACUAUUUCAGGAUUACCAAAGUUGUCAAACGGCACCUGGUGUGCGAAGAACUACCGGUGAGCACCGGGAAAAGUCAGCUUCAGUUGGACGCUCUGAACGAGUAUUGUUUAAUGCUGAUUUGUUCGUACCUCGAGGUGUCGGACGUGCGUCCCAGUGAAGCGACUCCGGUGAAUAGCGAAGAGAAGCCGUCGAUUUGGAGAGUUCUCAGCGAUUUGGUCAAAUAUUAAGAUUGCCUCGUAUACAAAAUAAAUAAAAGGAAUAUGUAUAGGGA